CUAAAAUAACGACUAUAUCAAACCAAUGAAUUAAAAAAAAACCCCUGGCCAAAAUUAAUUGGUCAGCUAACACCAUUUUUUGAUUAAAAGAAUUCAGCGGCAGCGCAGCCUAGAUAAAUAAUAAGCAGUGCUGUUUGCCUAUAUAAGCGUUUCGGCACCAAGAAAUUUAUGCAAAAAGAGGCGUUAUUUGGGGAGAGAUGGUGGUCAAAGAUAUAGAUGAGCUCCCAAAAAACGCAGCUAACUACACUGCGUUGACGCCACUUCUAUUCCUGGACAGAGCAGCCACCGUUCAUCCGAGCAGAGUAUCACUUGUCCAUGGAUCCACGCACUACACUUGGUUACAGACUUACAAACGCUGCCGACGUUUGGCUUCUGCUCUAACCAAUCACUCCGUUGGGUUUGGUAGCACGGUAGCAAUAAUUGCUCCAAAUGUGCCUGCUAUGUAUGAAGCACACUUUGGAGUUCCAAUGGCUGGAGCUGUGGUAAAUUGUGUGAAUAUACGUCUAAAUGCAUCAACUGUUGCUUUCCUUUUAGGCCAUUCCAAGUCUGAAGUUGUGAUGGUGGACCAAGAAUUCUUUUCGCUAGCAGAGGAAGCUUUGGAAAUCUUGGCAAAGAGUGAAUCCUCUUUUAAACCUGCACUAUUGAUUGUCAUAGCUGAUAAAAGCUGUGAUCCCAAGUCACUAAAACAUGCUUUAGGAAGAGGGGCCAUUGAAUAUGAAAAGUUCCUGGAAUCUGGUGAUCCUGAGUUUGCUUGGAAACAACCAGAGGAUGAGUGGCAGAGUAUUGCUUUAGGUUAUACUUCUGGUACAACAGCUAGCCCUAAAGGUGUGGUGCUGAGCCACCGAGGAGCGUAUCUAAUGUCCUUGAGUAAUCCUCUAAUCUGGGGAAUGAAUGAAGGUGCUGUAUACUUAUGGACUCUACCGAUGUUCCAUUGUAAUGGUUGGUGUUUCACUUGGUCACUUGCAGCUCUUUGUGGGACAAACAUAUGUCUUCGACAGGUAACAGCUAAGGCAGUCUAUUCAGCUAUAGCAAACAAUGGUGUUAGUCACUUUUGCGGUGCGCCUGUGGUUCUCAACACCAUAGUGAAUGCUCCAAAGGAGGAAACCAUUCUUCCUCUACCCCGCAUUGUACAUGUAAUGACUGCUGGCGCUGCCCCGCCCCCAUCCGUUCUCUUUGCAAUGUCGGAAAAAGGUUUCCGUGUAACACAUACUUAUGGUCUCUCAGAAACUUAUGGCCCUUCCACAGUGUGUGCCUGGAAACCUGAAUGGGACUCACAGCCCCCUAUUGUCCAGGCACGCCUAAAUGCUCGCCAAGGAGUCCGUUACAUUGGCUUGGAAGGCCUAGAUGUUGUUGACCCUAAAACUAUGAAACCUGUCCCUGCAGAUGGAAAGACCAUUGGAGAAAUAGUGAUGAGGGGCAAUAUUGUGAUGAAAGGCUACUUAAAGAACCCAAAAGCCAAUGAAGAAGCUUUUGCAAACGGAUGGUUUCAUUCUGGGGAUCUUGCUGUUAAGCAUCCAGACAAUUAUAUGGAGAUUAAGGACAGAUCAAAGGACAUCAUUAUUUCUGGAGGAGAAAACAUAAGUAGCCUAGAGGUGGAAAAUAUUACGCACCCAGCAGUAUACGAGGCAUCGGUAGUGGCUAGGCCAGAUGAGCAGUGGGGUGAGUCACCCUGUGCUUUUGUAACACUAAAGCCAGGAGUCAACAGAUCUGAUGAAAGAUAUUUAGCUGAAGAACUAAUAAAGUUUUCCAGGUCAAAGAUGCCUGCUUACUGGGUUCCAAAAUCUGUAGUGUUUGGACCAUUACCAAAGACGGCUACUGGGAAGAUUCAGAAGCAUGUGCUGAGGGCUAGGGCAAAAGAGAUGGGACCUGUCAAGAAGAGUAAGCUAUAAUUAGUAUUCUGCAAAGUUAAAAGAGAUUGGCAUCCUUUUGGUGCUGCAGAUGGUUUGUACUUUUAAGAGAUAAAGCUUUUUCAUCCUUGUAACCGCGAUUAUGCGAUUGAUUCCUUUCUAAUUAUUCACCAGCCUAUCGGCAAGGAUGUUUAUACUUAAUAUGUACAGGUCAAAUUCAGAAUUGAGCUUCAUCUGUAAAGUAUGUUAAAUUACUUGUGUUCAUUGUGUAAGCCUGAGAGUUUGUAGCGAAGGAAUGGCGGACUGCCAACCGUUGCACGUUCCAGCCCCUUUUGGGCCAUGAUUUGAAUAUUAAUUUGUGAUCUUGCUGUAA